ACCUCCUUCGAAACGCCGAGCCGUGGCCAAUUGGGUCUUCUCUAUUCGAAGUGGUCGAAGAAGUACAAGCCCUCACCUCCAUUGUUGCAUGUCUGCAUAACUAGCUUCCUGCAUGGCUUACGAGGCUUUACUUGAUAUAGAUAUAUUUGGAUAUGUACUGUUCUAGGCAUCUUUCUGUUCACAUAAAUUGUCUCACAUUGCACUCUUGGGCUGUACUUGCAACGUUCGAUCCGUCGUCUUCUUCUACCAUUACUUUUUGCUUCCACCGUACACAUCUUUAGCGUCCCAAGAUCACCGCAGGUCGAGAUCCAAAAUGGCCGCCGCGGACGUUCAGCAAAUGCCCACCCAGGAGCCAGCUCCUCCAGCACUCCCAGACUACUUGACUGACCCUGAUGCUGUUCUGAAAGACACAGAGGUCAAGUGGCGGUACGGUAGAGCACCGGAUUACUCGAAGACAAGACAGGUCUUCUCUGAGACAAAAGAAAUGUCGCACGAGGCUGGAUCGCUCCCUGAGCUCGUACAAAACCUGGUCAAGAACUGGGAGGUUGAGGCCUCAUUCAAGCCUGUGAUUAGCGAUUGGCGUACCAUCGACCAUGAGAACUACUCAUUUGCCAUCAACGGUUCCAAGCCCGAGGGUGCCGAAGCCAUGCUCAAAGUCGGCACAUACAACGCCAUCAUCGCACCAAACGAGUACUACUCGCCUGAUUACUCAGACUUCGCAAGCAGCCACAAGACUUUCAAGCGCAUGAUGCCCACCUUUGCGUGGGAGGUCUUGGAGGUGUACAGUGGGCCCCCCACAGUCAGCUUCCGGUGGCGACACUGGGGUACUAUGAAGAACGACUAUGUGGGCAUCAACAAUAAGGGUGAGAAGGUUACAGCAAAGGCCCACGGAGGCUCCAUUGAUGUACAAGGUGUCACAGUCGCUACUGUGAACGACAAGGUGCAGCUGCAGUCUGUACGAACAUGGUUCGACCCUAUGGACAUGUUCAGGCAGAUCGCACCGAACGGCGUUGUGAAGAAGGAGACGGUCGAUAAAAACAUGGCGCCUGCUGAUGUCGUCGAUGGCACCUCGAGCGAUGCAGCAACACCGGAUGGCGAGGCCAAGCUGCCGGAGGGCCAUCCUCCUAUCGAAGAGAAGAUCGAGCAGGUUGUAGCCGAGUCUCGCAACGAUGACGGCGUUCUGAAGACGGCACUUGACCCUGAGCAGCAUGGCAAGUUUGACCAGGAGGUCGCUGAACACCCUUUCAUGCCGGGUGGCUUCCGUUGA